UCCAUACGUAAAGGUUUUUAUCUGGCGCGGUACACAAAUGUAUCUACUUCUAUUCAACAAACCGAAACGUUUCUAGACGGUAUUUGUUUUCCCAGGGCUAAACCGCAGGUGUCAGCCAUGUCUCUAUCAGACCAGAGUCAACAGUGGUAUCCCACCAGCGUACAGGUAACUGUGCUUCAGGCAAGAAGCCUGAAGAUAAAGGGGAAAAAUGGCACCAACGACGCAUACGCCAUCAUGCAAGUGGCCAAGGAUAAAUUCGCUACAUCGGUGGCAGAGAAGAGCGUGGCACCGGUGUGGAAAGAGGAGGCCACGUUCAAGCUGCCGCUCUUCCACAACGGUAACACAGAAAAGUGUACAUUGCACGUCCACGUAAUGCACCGGGCUCUCAUGGGACCAGACAAGUUGCUCGGCCAAGCAGUCAUCAACCUGUUGGAGCUCAGCGAGGUUAAAUCCCGCAAUAAGACUGAAUGGCAUAAACUGCUGGACAAGGCAGGCAAGCCAGACAAAGACAGGGGAGAGGUGCUGGUGGACAUCCAGUUUACGAAGAACAACAUGACAGCCAGCAUGUUCAACCUCUCUGCUACAGACAAGCCACGCUCCUGCCUGGGCAAGUUCAAGGAGAAGGUGCGAAGCAAAAAGGAGGGUCUGUCGGAUUGUGCGUCUGCCGUGGUGCCGUCCUUCACCCAGGUUCUGAUGGACAGCGAGGGGGAGGGAGAGGGGGUGGGAGAGGGGGUAGGGGAGGGCGGUGCAGACAAAGAAGAGAAAAACAAGAAAAACAAGCCGAAGUCUCUGUUUUCUCCCAAGUCUAACCUGCAACGUCACGGACUGUCUCAGUCCAUGUCUGUCCUGGGCCCUAUGCCUGAGAAGAACUCCUCACUGAGUGGCAGCCGCUCCACAGGCCUCAAUGUGGACUCCACUGAAGGUAAAAAUAAAUUAAAGUUUCUGACCCAUAAGCGAACAGGCAGUUCCCUGUCCCUGGUGCGCUAUAAGAUUCCUGCCCCGCUUGCAAAGCAGAGUAACCUGUGCAUCAAUGGCGCUCACAUGUACACAGAGAAGCCCCAGCCCCGGAGCGCCCGCACCGGCUCCAACUUUAGCCUGGCCAGCUCAGGCCACAGCUCCAUGGAAGACCUCCGCAGGGCCCAGUGCCGUAAGAGCUCCGGCACCUCCAUGGACUCCUUGAAGCAGCCCUCACCCUGGGCAGAGGAAGAGAGCAGCAGUGCAGAGGAGGAAGAGGACGAUAGGGUUAAGAUGGAUGAGGAGAGGAAGAGAAAGGAAAAGCAGGAGAGUAAGAAGUUAGACGAGGAGGAAGGAGGAAGGAAGGAG